AUGGAAAUGGAGAACAAUUUAUUACCAAAUGAUAUACCACCACCCAGACGUCGGCUCUCAAAAUAUCUCAAGAUUGACCCCAAACUCCCCGAGACUGUGAGACAUGUACCCGGGACAACCCUGGUUCUAGAAUGCGUGGUUUCGAGCCACCCUGCGCCCGUCGUUGGAUGGAUGAAGAAUGGGAUACCUAUAUCUGAUUUCGAAGAGGAUGUGAACGAGAUAUUUUCAGCACCUUCAUUUAGCAUAGCGAAGAUGGUCUCUAAGAUGGUGGUCCAGGCACCAUCAAAUGGCGAUGUUUACACUUGCGUUGCUUCAUCUGGACUUAUGGAAACCAGUACCUCCACUACUAUUAUCGUUGAAGGUCAACAAACCGAUCUUCUGCCGUCAAUGAUUGCGACAAAACCUAUAAUCACGGCGUUCUACAAAGGUAUUUUCCAACUACAAGGUACAACUUUGAUGCUCCCGUGUCGCGUGUUCAGUGCAACGAAGUCUCAAGUCUAUUGGAUCCAUAACGACAAAAUAGUUUAUGGAAAUGGCAGAUUUAGGGUGAUGCCAUCUGGGGAUUUACUUGUAAAAGAUCUUUCGUGGAGCGAUAUGGGUGAAUUCACUUGCACCGCUAAAAACGCGUUUGGCAAAGAUGUCGCUGAUACGUUCGUCUAUCCCAUCAAACCCUAA